CGUUUUGGCUUUUUAAUUAUGAGUUUGAUAAUUUUAAAAGAGUAGACAUUAGUUCCCAUUGUGAUAAGCACUUAAAACAUGGUAUUACUCAUGAGUUGAUUAUUGAAUUAGUGGAAUUAUUGGAUAAAGGUGAUUUUGAAGUAGAUGGACAAGAAGGGAAAAAGUCAUAUUUUAAAAGAUAUUAUUACGAACAAGACGAAAAUUACAAGUUAAUUAUGGCAAAAGUUAAAAACAAUAAUUCUUAUCAAAUGUUAGUUAGUCCUAAGGAAGAGGAAAUUUUUCGCCAAGUAGAAAGUGAUGAAUGUUUAGGAAGCAAAGCUUUGGGUAAAGAUGCUACUGUUUUAGAGAAAAUAAAAUACGAACUUUGUCAGAGUAUUGUUCGUUAUAAGAGAAAAAAACAAUUAGAUUUGAAAAAGAUAUCCCGCUUGCUUAAAUUAGAUGAACUGGCUGCUAAUAAACUUUUACAUUAUUAUACUGAAAACUUUGCUUUGGACAGCCUAAUUUCUUAUGUGGAAAAGUUAAAUAUCCCUUGCCAAGUAAAAAUCACUCCAGAAAAUGUUCCUUCAAAUCACAAAACCUCUAACGGUCGCACUAGAAAACACGCUUAA